AUGAAUUCCACUCUCUGCCGGCCUUUUGAGAAAUGCACCAAUCGACCUGGUGACUAUGUCUGCGAACCCAAAUUAAGAUGCGAGUGGGGAUACCAGCUGAAUUCCAAUGGAACCGCCUGUGAUGAUAUUGAUGAAUGCAAGAUCAGGGCCUUCAACUGCCAACACGGUCAAAUUUGCGUCAAUACACCGGGUGCGUAUAAAUGUGAGAAAUCGCCAUGUCAUUACACUGAAAGGUAUGACUAUUCGCUGGAGAAAUGUGUCUGUCCAUCAGGAUUUCAGCACCUUGGGAAUACAUGCGUCGAUAUUGACGAGUGCGCAGAGGAGGAGAAACACGGAGAUCCGCAGAAUCCGCUUUGUGGAGCACAUCAAGUCUGCGUCAACACAGUUGGCGCAUUCAGAUGCGUGACCCUUACUGAUUGUCCCAAAGGCUUCCAUCGAGUGACCCCCAAGGCCUCUUGCACUGACAUCAACGAAUGUGUGAGCGGUGAGGCAAAAUGCGGUUCGAAUAUGUAUUGUGAAAAUUAUCUGGGUUCCUAUCGAUGUCUUUGUGAGAGGGGAUACAAGAAUAUCAACGAUACUGCCUGUGUGGUUAACCUUCACUAUCUCUUCAUAUUUCAUGUAGAUGUGAAUGAAUGCGUCCUGGGGGUGGAUACGUGUGGAACCGAUCACAGGUGCAUCAACGAUGAAGGUGGGUAUCAUUGCGAAUGUGCUCCAGGGUAUCGGCUCAACUGGGAUAACCGAACUUGCAUCGAUAUCAACGAGUGCACAGAAAAAGGGGCCAAUAAUAUUUGCCAGAGCGGAAAUUGUGUCAACACGCCGGGAUCAUUCCGUUGUGACUGUCCAUCUGGUUUCCGUUUAGGACAUGGAGGAACCUGCAUUGAUAUUAAUGAAUGUCAGGAGCAUGACGGCAUCUGUACCACACGUCACACUCGUGGCAUCACCUUCUCCUGCGUGAACCUCCACGGCUCCUACCGUUGUGUCUCCGAGCGCUGUCCCACAAUGUAUGCGAAAUCGAAAAUUCCCAAUGGAUACAGAUGCACCUUAAUGCCUGAAUACGAGUGUAACACCUUCGACCCAUAUUGCUUGAACGAUCGUCCAUUGAGAAUGGACCAUCUUCACAUUGAACUACCAGCGGUAUUGACAAAACGGUUAGUCCUUGGUGAGCUGGAUUCCUCCAUUGUCAAACGUGGAACAGUCAAUGUCGAACUACUUGAGCACUAUGCUUAUGACACUCGCAGCAAACGACACAUUUCCGUUAGGAAUUCACUUAAGUUGGGAGUCAAAUCCACCGACAGGAGAACAGUGGAACUCCUGUUGAUCAAGCCCAUUGAACCGCCGGCAGACAUAUUCGUCUCCGUUCGACUAUCGGAAUUGCUCGGUCAUAGAAGUAAGGUUCGGUCAACAACGCGGUUCUACCUCUAUGCAACGGAGAACUCCUAUGUGAAUUUGACCUCCACAGCCUACGAACUGUCCGAUUGGACGAAUAGAGUAUAG